UUCAAUUUUGUGUGUUUUCUGUAUUUGUUUACGCGCCUGCCGCGAAAAUACAUUGCAGAGAUGUGUUCUCCAGCAUGUGGAUGUUGAUGGGGGAAUGUGAAUUCGUUUCAUUUGUUCCCUCAUUUAAUUGAAGAGAUUUAUUUCGCAGAGCUGGCUCGAUUCUGUUCGGUUCGCUUGCUUUUGGACUCAGUUGCGAUCGGACUGCGUGCCGUUACAGUAGGCGAAAUCGGAGGAAAAUCGUUGGAAAAUCGGAAGAAAAUCGGCGAAAAAAGUAGAGCGAACGAUCGAUCGAUCGAUCGGAGAUUAUCGCCAUAUAAUUAUACUAAUAAUAAUUAGAAAUGACUCUCGGUGAAAACACACAUGUUGUGGAUGGAAAGAAACAAACCAGAGCCAAGUGUGCAACAGUUUCUGCUUCUGUUUUAGUGCCUAAGUGCCAUAUAAAUGCGUACUAAAACAUUUCAGGAAUUUUAAGUGGAAACAUUCUCGAAUUCUGUGAACUUUUCCAAUUGUGUUCUUAGUGAAACACUUACAAUUUAGACGAAGGCAAGGAGAAAUUCCAACGCAGAGACACUUUGGAUACUGGGCUAUUUGGCAAGAAGCUUUUUGUUUUCUGCUUUCGUGGAGCAACGCACUUUGUGAGGUGUUGCAGCAGUCACAUCAAACACGAUCCGAGGAAUCCACCCUCCAGAAGCCAGCGAGUGAUCUAUGGAACCCACCGUCAUCCACGCCCACGAGUGGAGCUCCUUUGGUGACAAGAUGGCUGCCAUAAAUCCAUCAACCCACUGAGUACAUCACACGAGCAGCCAUCUCCCCCCAUAAGUAGAAGAGCCGGGCGGCAUUGUUUUGGGGGAAAGUAUUUCCGUUACACCAACGAGAGAUAGGUGAUCAUCGAGAGGAUCAUCUCGGCCUCAUCAUCAACAGCAUCCGAUUGCAAUCGUGGGUGGAGUGGAGUGGAGCGGAGUGGGGGAUCACUUCAAAGGCACACAUGUUGCACUGAAGAGGCCACUGUUGCAGUUGUUGUUUCCAUUAUAAAUUAGAAACUAGAAGAUCACCGAUCUUCUUCCGGCGCAAGCGAAAGAGGGAGAGAGCGAAGCACUCUAAAGUGGAUUUCCGGUGAAUAAAAAACCAAGCAGCACAUGCGACAAAACUCCGACAAGGGAGUUGCCGUUGAAGUUGCAGUUGCACAUCCAGUUGCAGUUGCACAUCCAGUUGCAUUGAGGGUGCUGCCCUGCCGGCAAGAGUUACAAAAAUAAAUAUCCCAGAAAUGGCUGCCAACUCCCGGAGUUGGCGAGCCAGUCACUCAACAAUCACAAUGACGAGCGGAUCGCUGGUGGUGCUGUUCCUGUUCCUCUCGAUUUGGCAGCCAGCCGUGCACGUUGAAGGACGGCGCCAAAUGGCCAACAGCCAGGAGAUGAUCAAGGAUAAUGUGGGAGCCAGGAGUCAAGUCAAGACACCAGCCAACACGAGCAAUGCUAAUCAAUCAACCACUGCGACGGCGGAUUUGGAUGAUGCUGCCGCGGAUGAUGAUGACAACAAGGCCGAUUUGCCGGUGAAUGUCAGCUCGAAACCCUACUGGCGGAAUCCCAAGAAGAUGAGCUUCCUGCAGACGCGGCCCUCGGGCUCACUGCUCACACUCAAUUGCCAUGCCCUGGGCAAUCCGGAACCCAAUAUCACCUGGUACCGCAAUGGAACCGUCGACUGGACACGCGGCUAUGGCAGCUUGAAGCGGAAUCGAUGGACCCUGACCAUGGAGGACCUGGUGCCGGGCGAUUGUGGCAACUACACGUGCAAGGUGUGCAACUCAUUGGGCUGCAUUCGUCACGACACCCAGGUGAUUGUAAGCGAUCGAGUUAAUCACAAGCCGAUCCUGAUGACCGGCCCAUUGAAUCUCACACUUGUGGUCAACUCCACAGGCAGCAUGCACUGCAAGUAUCUGUCGGACUUGACCAGCAAGAAGGCGUGGAUCUUUGUGCCCUGCCAGGGGAUGGGCAACUGCUCCAACAAUCGAUCCAUCAUUGCCGAGGAUAAGGAUCAGUUGGACUUUGUGAACGUUAGGAUGGAGCAGGAGGGCUGGUACACAUGCGUCGAAAGCAACAGCCUGGGCCAAUCCAAUAGCACUGCAUAUCUGCGAGUGGUGCGAAGUCUUCACGUCUUGGAGGCCGGUGUGGCCAGUGGUUCACUGCAUUCCACCAGCUUCGUGUACAUCUUCGCCUUCGGCGGCCUCAUUUUCAUCUUUAUGACCACCCUGUUUGUCUUCUAUGCCAUCCGGAAAAUGAAGCAUGAAAAGGUGCUGAAACAACGCAUAGAAACCGUUCACCAGUGGACCAAGAAGGUGAUCAUCUUCAAGCCCGAAGGUGGCGGAGACUCCAGCGGUUCCAUGGACACCAUGAUCAUGCCGGUGGUUAGGAUACAGAAACAGCGCACUACCGUCCUUCAAAAUGGCAACGAGCCGGCUCCCUUCAACGAAUACGAAUUCCCACUGGACUCGAACUGGGAGCUGCCCAGAAGCCAUUUGGUAUUGGGUGCCACUUUGGGAGAAGGUGCUUUCGGACGAGUGGUCAUGGCGGAGGUCAACAAUGCCAUUGUGGCCGUCAAAAUGGUGAAGGAAGGCCACACGGAUGACGAUAUUGCCAGCUUGGUGCGGGAAAUGGAAGUGAUGAAGAUCAUUGGCCGUCACAUAAACAUUAUUAACCUGCUCGGCUGCUGCAGUCAGAAUGGGCCACUCUACGUGAUUGUCGAGUAUGCGCCACACGGCAAUCUCAAGGACUUCCUCUACAAAAAUCGACCUUUAGGCAGGGACUCGGAUAGGGACUGUUCGCAGCCGCCUCCAUCGCCACCAGCUCAUGUGAUUACCGAGAAGGAUCUGAUCAAGUUUGCCCACCAAAUUGCCAGAGGAAUGGACUAUCUGGCCUCGCGGCGAUGCAUCCAUCGCGACUUGGCAGCCAGGAAUGUGCUCGUCAGCGAUGAUUAUGUGCUGAAGAUAGCCGAUUUCGGUCUGGCGAGGGAUAUCCAAAGCACGGACUACUACAGGAAGAACACGAAUGGCAGGCUACCCAUCAAAUGGAUGGCACCGGAAUCACUGCAGGAGAAAUUCUACGACUCCAAGAGCGAUGUCUGGUCAUAUGGCAUCCUGUUGUGGGAGAUCAUGACCUAUGGGCAACAGCCAUAUCCAACUAUCAUGUCCGCGGAGGAGCUGUACACCUAUCUGAUGUCCGGUCAGCGGAUGGAGAAGCCUGCGAAAUGCUCCAUGAACAUCUACAUCCUGAUGCGGCAAUGCUGGCACUUCAACGCCGACGAUCGGCCACCCUUUACGGAAAUCGUCGAGUAUAUGGACAAGCUGCUCCAGGCGAAGGAGGACUACCUCGAUGUGGACAUCGCCAAUCUGGACACACCGCCCUCGACGAGCGAUGAGGAGGAAGAUGAAGCGGACAACCUGCAGAAGUGGUGUAACUAUUAAACGAACUAGGAAUCCCACGGAUCCUUAGAGGAGAUCAAGCAAUUCAAGCCCGGUUUUUGAACCGCAGUCAAUGGCCGCUUAAUUUGUGAACUAGAGAUUAUGGAAAACGGGUUCAAUCGACAAUGUCCCAUUUAACACUUUAAGGUGAAUCCUAAAAAAUCUUCGAAAGAUCUAAGGCUUACAAAGAAAAUCCUAUAAAUCGUACUACACUCGAAUUUAUGUACAUAUAAAACUAUCAUUUAAACAUUUUAACAAAAUUGCACCAAAGGCGUAAAACCAAAAACAAGCAGCUGCUCGAAUUACUUCUAGCUUAGAAUUUAUUUAAGAUACAUUAUAAAACAAGUACUAGUUUAUGCGUAGUACUAAGUUAUGCUUAAGGCUCGGUUGUACUGCUGUUGUAUUUCAUAUUGUACUGAUCUUUGUAGUAUUCGCAGUUUUAUACUCGCUAAAUUAUACUCGUAGCCCCUAAGCACACAACAAUGUUCUAUCUAGCGUUAGUUGCAUGCCGCAGUGCCUUAUGAAACAAUAAAUGUUGUACACGAA